CCGAACACGGAUUAAGUCCACUUCAAUCCGUCGCAAAUAACGAUGGCUAUUUCUCGAACAUCAAAUAAGCUCGCUUAGCAUAAAUAAUCAUGGGAUACAGCUGAAAAUGAUCGACAAAUAGGUGGUUUAGGUUGGGCUUCAGAACAGAAUCACUCCCGGCAUAGUAUAAAAAUGCCAACUUUAUAAACUCUUGAACUCUUCAAAUCUUCUAAAGAUCCUCAAUGUGAGAUGUAUUUACAUUAAGAAAUCUUAACUCAUGAACGGACCCAGCACAUGUCAUGACCUAUGACAUCAUGGGAUCAGUGGCUAGCUACCGGAGUAUAACUACCUGGUACAAACCGAAAUUAUCAAUUCAUUUCUUAUCCUAAUCCCAUUGCAUAUUCUGAAAUAUAAUCUCAUCUAGAAUCACAAUGUCUCCAGCUCGCAAAGCAGUCAUUGCUAUCACCUCUGCACACGCCCCACUUUACCCAGAGGGCAAGGAGACAGGCCUCUUCAUCACUGAAGCCUUGCACCCAUUUAACGUCUUCCGUCAAGCAGGCUUCGAUGUUGAUCUGGUUUCCGAAACCGGAACCUACCAGGCCGAUUGGCUGUCCCAGCAGAAAGACUGGCUGGACGAUGAAGACCGCGCUGUUUGGGAAGAUCACUCGAGUGAAUUCCGCUCAAAGCUUGAUCAUUUAUAUAAGCCAAGUGAUGUCAAUCCAUCUAGCUAUGGACUAUUCUUUGCGUCUGCCGGUCAUGCGUCCUUGAUCGACUACCCAGAUGCUAGAGGCCUACAAGCUAUUGCAUCCAGGAUCUAUGCUGAUGACGGAAUUGUAUCAGCCGUGUGCCAUGGGGGCGCUAUUUUCCCCGGAAUCAUUGACUCCAGCACAGGGAAACCCAUCAUUGAUUCCUGCCAAGUCACCGAGUUCACCACUCGCGGCGAGGAAGAGGAAGGUGUCCUUGAUACUAUCAAGAGCUGGAACCGACCUACCAUUGAAGCUUCCGCUGCGGCCUCUGGAGCUACAUACAUUUCACCUCCUGGACCGUGGGACGUAUUCACUAUCACCGAUAGACGCCUGGUGACUGGCGCCAACCCUGCUAGUGCUCAUGCUACCGCUGAAGCUGCAGUGGAGGCUUUUGACAAGCUGUAGACUAUAUAAUAUCGAUUUUCAAGUACCAGAUAUUCCAAUAUACUAUCUGGACGUUCUAUGCCACAGUUAAUAUCCCCGUCCCGACCAGCGCGUUAACACAGGGAGAGCCAAAUCCCACACAAUGACAAACAAGAGACCGAGCCAGACGAAAGUUAGAACCUCUUCGAAGCUAACGUGGAAGAGCUUACGGGAAGAAACAAGAUUCUAAAUUUA